GUGACGCAAAUCUCUCGCCAAUGAUAAGCCAUCUUUCUUCCAGUUUGCACAAUGCCCACAAUGCUUUCUCCACCAGUGCCCUCUGUUUCACUUCCUCUACAACCAGCCGCUCGCCGUCUUUUUCCAGACAGCCCAAGAUCGUCAGCUCAACCUAAUGCUUCAUCGGAACCAGAGCAAACGCUACGUUCUGCGUGCGCCGCGGAACUAGCUUCCGAAGCCGAUUCGUCUUCAGAGUCAAGGAAAAGCUGCACAUUUCCAGUGAGGAUCCCUCCGCUGAUUGUUUCAAGCGACGCGAGCGACGACAGCCGCAGCUGCACCUCCUGUGACGUCGCCGACGACGACUGUGACGACUGCGACGACUGCCCUCUCCCCGUGUCCUGUGGCGGCUGGGGCUACUCGACAUUCUCCGACGGCGCAGAUUCACGCAAAUCCGAUUUCGACGGCGGCGAUUCGUCCAGCGUCACCAGCUCAGAAGAAAGCGGGGCAUUGACGCCCUAUUACCGAAGCUACUACUACGAUCGGCCCGUUGGGGAUUCAUCUCGAGUAUCUGAAGCUUCGUCUGGAAAAUUAUUAUCUGGAAGAUACGCUCAGCCUCGCAAUAUGUAUGCUGUUGCGGGCCGCUGGCGAGAAAUCGACGCGACAGAGGCUGCGGACGCCACGGUAGCGAAUCCACCAGAACGGCGGACAGACGGUGACGUGACGGAAUCGCAACGGAAACCGGCAACUCGGGGCGGGAGGAGAUUGGCAGACGACGAAGACGCUCCCCGCCGGUCGCGAGAUGACCGAAUCGUUCCGAAGCGAUCGGAUUAUUGGACUCACCUGCGUCGCCAGAACAGCUCCUCGCUUGCCUCAGAUGAGCCUUCCGACGCGAGAAUGCAAGAAAAUUUCAAGCCGACGGUCAGCUACCCUGCUGUUGCCUCGGACUCGGAACGUGGCGCGUCGUUUUCUCGCGGCCUGACGGUUCAGAUUCCCGAUGCGCCUUCGUCCGACGAUGCCGACUCGUCGCCGCCAUUGUCGGCGAAACCGGCGACUGCGCGUCACGCGACGCGCCCCCCGCUGUCUUCCACCGGAAGCGGCGGCGCUUUCGGGCCGAAAUCCGUCGGAGCGAGACCAAAGAUUCCCCCACUUACGCUCGACCCGGUUAACUCCUCGCUGGUUCCCAUGACACCCACGCCUAGAGCGAAGACGCCUUUAACGGGGACAAGUAGGCCUCCCCUUCCGAGUUCGAUACCCCGCGGAUCGCCGCCGAUGCUCGCCGAACGGCCGUUACGCUCUUCGGAAAUGUCGGUAGCGAAUGAGCGACUAACGAGGACGUCGAAACGUGGCGGUAGGAGCAAGACGAUGUCGGGUAUUACUUACCUGUUGCUCCAAACAGAAGAGCACAGAAGGGAAUCGCAGCCUAGUAACUCGUCUCUUAACGAGGCGGGCAUUAACGAAGCGGGCUCUAACGAAGCGGGCUUUAACGAAGCGGUGAAGCGGUACUGUGAGGGGGCUAGUUUAGACGACUCGAGUGCAGCAGAUGUCGCUGCUGCGGUGACUGGUGCUGCAACGGGAGCUGCAAUAGCGAAGUCCCUCAGUUCCCUGAUUCAAUGGGUGUCGCCGCGGUGAAGUCAACAUACACCGUUUCAGGAUGGUGUUAUAACUGUAUCGGCCCUGUUUUAGCUAAGUGAUAGGUGCAACCAUGGGGGAAGGUCCACGGCAAAAACAUACCAUACCAGCGUGGUGGGUAGGGGAGGGGAACUGUCAGCCAGAGGAACAACUUAGUUUGUUGACCUCCCAUAGUCAUCGGUUUUGGGCCACUAUGUCUUCGGUUUCUGUACGCCAACUGUAGAUGCUUUUUGAGUUUCCGUUUCCAAGUAACCUCUGGUGGUGUGUGUGUUGUGUUAAGUUUAUUCUGAGACCACCACAAAGUGGUGCUACCGUGGUUAGUGACUGAGUUUCUGACAUGGUACAUCAGAGCCAAAGGUCUUGGGUUCAACUCCCGGUGCCAGCGCUGCAGAGGCGCUCGUGUCUUCCACCUAUCCCAGCGGGGGGGGGGGGUGUUGAGUGACCCGCUGGGGUUGCCCUUGAGAUCCUCGGGGAAGGGCCGCAGGUGCAGAGCCUGGGGGGCUAUGGGCGCACUUACCCGCUAUU